CUCCAGUUUAGACAUCGUGGACGAAAACAAUAUUUCAGAAAUAUGUAAACAGUUAGAAACCAGGAGGGCACGAACUGAUACAGAUCCCGUACCCCAACAGAGAGGGGUCAGUUGUUUCUGUCUGAGACUCUGGAGGGCGCUGUCCUGCUCCGGGAGCCGGAGGAGCCGGCACUGACCGCGGAGACGGGGCCGGGGCCGGGGCCGGGGCCGGGGAGGUGGGCGAGAGCGUAUUUGUUCCUUUAUUGGAGUGCAAGGGAUAUUGGAAGAGGCAAACUGCAACUAAUCAGAUGGGAUGAUAGUGUAAUACGCGUUUGAGUUGAACCUACUGGAUAUUUCUGAUAGAAGCUACGUGAGACCUGGGUGUGGCGUAUUUUACAGUAGAGUCUCUAAAGCUAAACUUCAAAGCCUACAGUGAUGGCAGCUACAAACGAUACGUUGGUUCCCCUGGAGUGUUUGCUUCCUGCAGGGAAACUGAAAUAUUGUCUGUUAAUUCUCAAUCAACCUAUGGAUGGUGAUCAAUUUCAACGCCUGUGGAGUAAAGCUGUUGUUCGCGCAUGUGCUGAUGGUGGAGCGAACCGCCUCUAUGAGCAUACUGAAGGAAGGCAAGAAAGCUUUCUGGUUCUGGAGCUGUCUAUUAUUGAUAUUAAACCACUCAGGACUUUGGUUGUAGACAUUCUCACGGAGCCGGUUGACAAUGUUGUCGUGCUUGGUGGACUUGGCGGGCGUUUAGACCAAAUCAUGGCCAGUGUGGAGACACUCUUUCAUGCCACGAAGUUAACUAAACUACCAGUUAUCAUCAUUCAGGAGACAUCCCUGGCCUAUUUACUGCAGCCUGGUCACCACAGACUGCGUGUUGACACGGGAUUAGAGGAUAAGUGGUGUGGCCUUGUCCCAGUGGGAAAUGCAUGCAAUGUAACAACAACUGGCCUCAAGUGGAAUCUGACUAAUCAAGUACUCCAGUUUGGGAAGCUGGUCAGCACCUCCAAUACUUACGAUGGAAGUGGAACUGUGACAGUAGAAACAGAUCAGCCUCUGCUGUGGACAAUGGGAAUAAAGAGAUACCUCAGCUAAUGUUUGUGCCUUUAGAUGAAAGAAUGUAACAGGAGUCAACACAAGGGAAGAAAUAAAAGUCAGAUUUAUAUAUUU